UGAUGAGCUCUGCCCACCGGUGGAGGUGCCCACCAGGGGUCCUGAGGUGGCCGGGGGUGCAGGAGAUGACCCUGGACCUGUAGUGGUCCGUGGGAGGUGAUGAGCUCUGCCCAUUGGUGGAGGUGCCCAGCAGGGCUCCUAGGGUGGCCUGGGGUGCAGGAGGUGGCCCUGGCAGGAGCCGUGGGUCCCCCGGGGCAGGCAGCUGAGGAGGACACCCUGCAGGGCAGAGGGGGUGAAGUGUGGGGGGACAGAGGCUGCCCCUGCUGGGGCUGGAGAGAGGCCGUGGCUGUAGCUCCUGGUGUCGGUGGCCUCUGGAGCUCCUGGCUGCCUGUGUGUGACCCAGCCCCUGCCCCUCAGGAGGUGCGAGUCCUCGGCCAGCGGUUCCGCAACCCGGUGGGCCUGGCGGCUGGCUUCGACAAGCAGGGGGAGGCCGUGGACGGGCUGUACAAGAUGGGUUUCGGCUUUGUGGAAGUAGGGACUGUCACACCCAAGCCCCAGGAGGGGAACCCUAGACCCAGGGUCUUCCGGCUGGUGGAGGACGAGGCGGUCAUUAACAGGUAUGGGUUCAACAGCCAUGGCCAUGCUGCAGUGGAGCGCAGGCUGAGGGCCCGCCAGGAGACACAGCUCAGGCUCACUGGUGCGGGGAUGCCCCUUGGAGUCAACUUGGGCAAGAACAAAAGUUCUACCGAUGCUGCAGCUGACUACGUGGCUGGAGUCCGGACGCUGGGCCCUUUGGCUGACUACCUGGUUGUGAAUGUGUCCAGCCCAAACACCCCAGGGCUGCGGGACCUGCAGGGCAAGGCUGAACUGCGGGACCUGCUGACCAAGGUGCUGGCAGAGAGGGAUGCGCUGCCCUUCGAGCACAAGCCAGCCGUGCUGGUGAAGAUUGCUCCUGACCUCACCACACAGGACAAGGAGGACAUCGCUAGCAUUGUCUGUGAGCUAGGUGUGGAUGGGCUGAUUGUCACCAACACCACCGUGAGCCGCCCCAGCAGCCUCCGGAGCAGGCAGCGCACGGAGCCCGGGGGCCUCAGCGGGAAGCCCCUGCGGGAGCUCUCCACACAGACCAUCAGGGAGAUGUACUCCCUCACCCAAGGCCGGGUGCCCAUCAUCGGGGUGGGUGGGGUGAGCAGCGGGCGCGAUGCCCUGGAGAAGAUCCGUGCUGGAGCCUCGCUCGUGCAGAUGUACACAGCGCUCGUGUACCAUGGGCCGCCAGUGGUGGGGGCGGUGAAGCGGGAACUGGAGGAGCUGCUGAGGGAGCAGGGGUUCAAGAACGUCAUGGAAGCAGUUGGAGCAGAUCACCGGUCCUGACACACUGCGGAACCAAGGUCUAUCCAGGAGGAGCUGCAGUCAAGCAGGGACAGGUCUGAUGUUUCCAGCUCUGGUCAGGCUGGGACUGAGCCGAGGUCCUGGUCCCAGCCCCUGACAACGCUCAAUGAUGGGUGAAGCUGGGACUUCACUGGUGGGGAGCAGGUGAUGGGGCCUCCACAGUGGUGCUGCUGUCCAGGGCCGCAUUUUGGAUUUCCUGUGGGUUGGGGUCCCCAGCAGAAACCAGUGCUGGGUAAGGCUCUGCUGGGCAGUGAGGAAGGCCUCUGAGGGGACAUCCCUACGGGCUGUAGGCAGUCCUGUGCCCUGGCUUCUGCUGCAGCGCUUCCCUGUGGAGGUCACACACCUCCCUGCCCAGAACCACAGGCCAAGCUGUAUUCUUGGUGUUCCUUCUGCCAGGGACCCUGCAGCCUGUGCUGCCUGCUCUGGCUGGCACUUGGUCCUCCUGCACCUCAGCCUCCACAGCAGGGUCUGCCCUCCACACGUGGUCCUGUAACAAACCUGCCAGCCUAGGGUCCUGCCCGAAUGUCAAUAAAUGUUUG